AACAUCUUAAGAUACCGAAUUUUGAAUACUUAAAAUUUUAAAUAAAUUCGGAACAGAAAAAGAUUUUUUAAAAAUUUCAAAGGACUUGAUAAACAACUUUUUAUUCUCCACAACAUAUAAAAGUAUCAUUUUUAGUGCAGGAAUCCCUUUCUAAGAGAUACACAGGAAAUGAACAGGUCCUGUUUUACCUGCAGGAACAAAAUUUACAUGUUCUGCCACCAUUUUAAUUGGCUCCAGACCAGAUAAUUUUUAAGACUUGUGCUUGCAUUAUUUUUUUUCUUAGAUGUAAUACAAUAAAAUAAUAGAAGAUUCUGGAAGAUGACACAUGCACGGAGCAGUUUGUUAAAUUUUUUUAUUUACAACACAGAUUAUGGACAACACGAAGGAUCAGAAGAGGAAAAGAUUAUGCUGUACAUUCCUCAGGAAGAAAACAUAGAUCGAAAAAACAAUGCGGUUGGUAUAUGCCAGGCUCUUGCUCAAUUUUGUGAAACUUUCAACCCGUCACAUUGCUGCGAAUGUUUAAUUACACAGAAAACAAAACAGUUUUUUUGCAAUCCAGAAGGCAAUUUCUGGAUUGUUAUGACACUUAGCAUACCAUAUAUCGAAAAGGUCGUAAAGGACCAGAAAAUAACCGAGUACUUUGCUGACGACAUUCAGCCAUCUAUUGGAGAAGCAGUCCUACAGCAAGCCUAUGACAUGUUUGUCUUAUUUAAUGGUGUUUUUCAAUACAUCUUUGAAAGAUAUGGACUGCAAGCUCUUAAAGAGCGGUUUGAAUUUUUUUACACUCGUUACUUGCAAACUUUAAAUUUCGGUCAACUUGAUCUUUUAGAUGUUUACCAAGGCAUACUCUAUUUACCACUUGAGAAAUCGGACUUUUUAAAAGUUCAGUGUUUUAGCAAUCUGAUUGAAAAUACUUUCAUGUCAAUACGUCAUUUGUGUGUUAUGCAUAAUGAGCAGUUGUUAUGGACAACAUUAAAAUGUGAAAACAUGAAAAUCUUAUACAAAUACUUAACAACGAGCUUAUUCCCUGCGUUUGUUCAGACGGACAGUGAUACUAUUAAUGGCAUUAGAAACUCUCAAUCACAAGGUAACUUUCCAAAUCCAGGAAGGUUUCUAACUGCUCCUAUGGACAUGGUUACCUCCUCAAAUGCUCUGCCAAAAAGAUCACCACGCGUUUUUAUUGAUGUUGACAACAAGACGGUAGAAUUACAUUUACUAGUUUACAAAGCAAACAAUUCAAUACUGUGUUUAAUGGUCGACUUACAGACACUGAAUUCAGAGUUUUGUUCAAGAUUGCAUAAUUUUGUUGGUCCACAGUUGGGUAGUUUGUCUAGCAUUAUCACUGAGCAAACAAACAAACGGAUAUCGUUAUCAUCAGACCAGCAAUAUCGCUUUGUUUACUUCAACUCAACAAACUUAGCAAUAAAAUCAAGCAUCCAUGCAAAACGCUUAAGUGCUAUUGUCAGCGUGGCACCAGAUAUUAUGAGACUUUUAGUUGACAUACACAGAGAUCUGGACAAGUCAAAAGACGGUGGUGAAAUAAUAACAAAAACAUUAGCUGACUGUUGGGUUGUGGGUAAAAGAUCGGGCAGUCGUGAGUUCUUCGUGAUUUUAAAUCAGAAAAAUGCAAGCCUAGUUGAAAUUAGUGACGAAGUGCAAAAGUUAAUGACAUCUAGUUUUAACAAUAUUUUGUUUUUGGAAUAGUUUAUUUAUUUGUUUUAAUUUUUUCUAAGGAACCUGAACUAUAAAUAAAUAAAGAUGUGCAGUGUAAAUUA